GUCUUUCAGGUGAACCUGUGAGAGAGGAUGGCCCACAUAGGAGACUACAAACUGAUGCCCUGGCUCCCCGUCCUGGUGGUAUCUCUGAUGUGCUCUGCCAGAGCAGAAUACUCCAACUGUGGUGAGAAUGAGUACUAUAACCAGACCACGGGGCUGUGCCAUGAGUGUCCCCAGUGUGGGCCUGGGGAAGAGCCAUACCUGUCUUGUGGCUAUGGUGCCAAAGAUGAGGACUAUGGCUGCGUCCCUUGCCCAGCAGAGAAGUUCUCCAAAGGAGGCUACCAGAUAUGCAGGCGCCACAAAGACUGCGAAGGCUUCUUCCGGGCCACUGUGCUGAUGCCAGGGGACAUGGAGAAUGAUGCUGAGUGUGGGCCUUGUCUCCCUGGCUACUACAUAUUGGAAAACAGACCCAGGAACAUCUAUGGCAUGGUCUGCUAUUCCUGCCUCCUUGCGCCUCCAAACACCAAGGAAUGUUCGGGAGCCACCUCGGGGGUCUCUGCCAACUUCCCCAGCACUGCUGGGAGCAGCACCCUCUCUCCUCUCCAGCAUGCCCAUAAAGCAGAGCUCUCAGGCCAAGGACACCUGGCCACGGCUCUGAUCAUUGCCAUGUCCACCAUCUUCAUCAUGGCCAUCGCUAUUGUCCUCAUCAUCAUGUUCUACAUUAUGAAGACAAAGCCUUCUGCCCCAGCCUGCUGCACCAGCCACUCAAUGAAGAGUGUGGAAGCUCAAGUGAGCAAGGAAGAGGACAAGAAAGAGACUCAAGAUAGUGUGGUGAUAUUCUCAGAGAAGGAUGAAUUUGAGAAGCUAGCAGCAGUUCCAGCAAAGAAUGCCAAGAGUGAGAAUGAUGCCUCGUCUGAGAAUGAGCAGCUGCUGAGUCGAAGCAUGGACAGUGAUGAGGAGCCUGCCACUGACAAGCAGGGCUCCCCCGAGCUGUGCCUGCUGUCACUGGUCCACCUAGCCAGGGAGAAGUCAGCCACCACCACCAAGUCAGCCGGGAUUCAAAGUCGAAGGAAAAAAAUACUGGAUGUGUAUGCCAAUGUAUGUGGAGUUGUCGAAGGUCUCAGCCCCACGGAGCUGCCCUUUGAUUGCCUUGAGAAAACUAGCCGAAUGCUCAGCUCAACAUACAACUCUGAGAAGGCUGUUGUGAAAACAUGGCGCCACCUCGCUGAGAGCUUUGGACUAAAAAGAGAUGAAAUUGGAGGCAUGACAGAUGGCAUGCAGCUCUUUGAUCGUAUCAGCACAGCAGGUUACAGCAUCCCAGAGCUGCUCACAAAACUGGUACAGAUCGAAAGGCUGGAUGCUGUGGAGUCCUUGUGUGCAGACAUACUGGAGUGGGCUGGGGUCAUGCCACCUGUCUCCCAGCUACCUACUACAUCCUGAAGAAAAUGCCUGUGGAUUGUCCUUCUUGGCAUGUGCCAAGGGUAUAAUCAGGGCUCUGCAGCUGUAGGUGGUGCCAACAGACUGCCAAGAAUGAAGGCUUUUUGUGCUAUGUCACCAGGUUAUACCUGAGGCCAGCAGUCCCCAACCUUUUGGCACCAGGGACCAGUUUUGUGGAAGACAAUUUUUCCAUGGACUGGGGUGAGGGGGAUGGUUUCAGGAUGAUUCAGGCUCAUUACAUUCAAGCUCACCUCCUGUUGUGUGGCCCCGUUCCUAACAGGCCCAGACUGGUACUGGUCCACGGCCUGGAGGUUAGGGACCCCUGCCUUAGGCUAUUUGAAGGAAGAAGGGGAAAUGAGGUGUCUCUUCCAAUCUAACUAAAGAUAAGAGAUUAAAGCUAGGAUACU